AUGGCUGUGAACAUCACGAAGCAGCCUCCAAAGAACAUCGUCAUAAUCGGUGGCUCAUAUGGCGGUGUUUCAACAGCUUAUUAUCUCCUCAAACACGUCAUCCCGCAGGUGCCGGCUGAAGAUGGAUACCAGAUCAUUCUCGUCAGCUCUUCAUCCCAAGUCAUGUGUCGUCCGGCUUGUCCCCGCGCCCUGAUAUCAGACGACAUGUUUCCCCAGGAAAAGCUAUUCGUCGACAUCACAACCGCCAUCAAGCAAUACGACAAGGACAAGUUCCGUUUCAUUUGCGGGACUGCGACGGCGCUUGAUCACCGCAGCCGAACAGUCUCGGUCACCACGACUCGAGACAGCGGCAUUGAAACACUGGAAUUUUACAGCUUGAUCAUCGCAACGGGCGCAUCUACGCCGUCUCCUCUUCUCGGACUCAAUCGCGACUCUGACAGUCUCAGGCAGAGCUGGCAUGAGUUUCGCGAGGCCCUGCCAAAGGCUAGAAGCAUCGUGGUUGCAGGCGGUGGUCCGGCUGGAGUAGAGACGGCCGGCGAGCUUGGCGAAUAUCUCAACGGACGAGCAGGUCUUUUCAGGACAAAAUUGGAUAAACCGACAGUCGCCGUCACGCUCGUGACAGCCGGCACCAAGAUCCUUCCUGCUCUCCGCCCAGCCAUCGCCAAACAGGCCGAGGACUAUCUUGCGCAAAUCGGCGUGACUAUCGUCAAGAACACCAGAGUUGAGAGCGUAACCCCGUCCGGAGCAGGAGUCGACGACCUUGCGGCAAACGCGACAAUUAACCUCGCCGAUGGACAGAAGCUGGAGGCAGAUCUGUAUAUUCCGGCCACGGGCACCCGUCCCAACACAGACUUCAUCGACAAUUCCCUCCUGGCAUCCGACGGCCGAGUCGAGACCAACCCCUCAACCCUCCGCGUCGACAAAGCAGGCCCGCGCAUCUACGCCAUUGGCGAUGCGUCGUCGUAUGCUCGUCCAGCAGUCCACAACAUCCUCAGCGCCAUCCCAGUUCUCUGCGCCAACAUCAAGCGGGACCUGCUUCUAGCCUCGGGGCAGACUGCGGCAGCCGCGAAAGGGGAUCGUGUUUUCGAGGAGGACACUCGUGAGACGCAGAUGGUGCCUAUUGGGAAGAGCAAGGGUGUCGGCGCGGCGAUGGGAUAUCGGCUGCCUAGCUUCUUGGUUUGGCUCAUCAAGGGUCGGGAUUAUUGGCUGUGGACCACUGGAAAGCUGUGGAACGGAGAUCAGUGGGCCAAAGAGUCUUGA